AUGGUUAUGAAUGCCGAGAAGAAGACCACAGAGGAGGAGGCUGUUCACUUGAGGAGGAGUAUAGGUUUGCUGCCUGGUAUCUCCUUCAUCACUGGCACGGUGGUGGGCAGCGGCAUAUUCGUCGCACCCAAAGGGGUUCUGAUGAACACAGGCAGUGUGGGGCUGUCUUUGCUUGUGUGGGCGCUGUGUGGAGUUCUCUCAACUUUUGGGGCCCUAUGCUAUGCUGAGUUGGGCACCACUUUUAAGAAGUCUGGGGGCCAUUACACAUACCUGCUGGAGACACUGGGCCCCCUGCCUGCCUUCCUGCGACUCUGGGCUGAGUUCAUAUUUAUUCGGCCCGCAGUGGCAUCUUAUGUGUCUUUAGCUUUUGGGCGCUAUGUAGUGGAACCCUUCUUCACUCCCUGUGUGGCACCACCAGCUGUAAUUAAGUUGGUCAGCAUCCUGGGAGUGUCAUUUGUAGUGGCUGUGAACAGUUGGAGUGUGUCCUUAGCCUCUCGUACCCAGGUCACUCUCACAGUCGUCAAGAUGUCAGCCUUAGUUCUCAUCAUUGUCCCUGGUAUUCUAGCACUGAACCGAGGACAGACUGAGAACUUUCAGAAUGCCUUUGACUCAGAGUCCUUCACACUAACUAAGCUUCCACUGGCAUUCUAUUCAGGACUUUAUGCCUAUGGUGGAUGGUUUUAUUUAAAUUUCGUGACGGAGGAAGUCAUUAAUCCAAACAGAAAUAUUCCUCUGGCAAUCAUUUUCUCCAUGGUAACAGUGACAGUGUGUUAUGUGCUGGUUAAUGUAGCAUACUACACAAUGAUGACACCAGGGGAGCUACUGAUGUCUGAUGCUGUAGCUGUGACCUUUGCCAGUCGUGCCCUGCAGAGUGUGGCAUCAGUGGUACCCAUACUGGUGGCAGUGUCCUGUCUUGGGGCACUUAAUGGUGGAUUCUUUGGAGCCCCUCGGAUGCUGUUUGUGGGUGCCAGAGAGGGUCAGUGGCCAGCCCUCUUUUCUAUGAUCCACAUACGCAGACAGACACCCCUACCAGCUGUGCUCUUCUUGUAUCCAUUGGUAGUAGUGAUGGUGGCCAGAGGAGAGAUCUUCCAGUUGAUCAACUUUGCCUCCUUCUCACGUUGGCUGUUCAUCGCCAUGGCAACUUUGGGGAUGCUCAUCCAUCGUUACCGCUUCCCUGAAUUCCCCCGCCCAUUCAAGGUACCACUGGGUAUUGCCGUGACCUUUACAGUGGUAUGUUUCUUCAUCGUGGGGCUGUCUUUGUACUCGGACCCCUGGAACACUGGCGGCAGCUGUGCCCUCACCCUGACUGGUGUGCCAGUGUACUACAUUACUGUGAAGCACCAACACCUGCCUGCUUGGUGUAGGAAGGCUUUCAACUACUGCAGCCAGCAACUCCAGAUCCUAUUGGAGGUGGCCCAGCAAGAAGUUCAGACUUACUGA